CUGAUUUUUUUUUGUUAAAUAAGUGAAAAAGAAGUUAGAAUGACGAAGAUACAUUUUGUAUUAACGAUCUGGGUUUGUGCAAUUUAUGAAGCAUCUAGCAUGGCGAGGCGGUUAGACAUGCCACUGGAUGUAAAGAAACUGGAGAGCUUGGGAAAUACAGAUACUCUUAUGAAAUCUUUGAAAAACAUUGCUCAAAAGUCGCACAACUGCGGCGUGAAAGAAAUACCAAAAUUACGUCGACACUACCUCAGGAAUACAACUGUGACUUGCAAUGAUGGGUCUCGUGCAGGGUAUUAUUUAAGAAAAUCUCAUGGCAGCAAAAAAUGGAUCAUAUUUUUAGAAGGUGGCUGGUAUUGCUUCGACAGAUUUAGCUGCGAACUGCGAUGGAGCAGUAAAAUGAGGAAGUAUAUGACGUCCAAAGGAUGGCCAGAAUUCAAAACGGGUAGCGGAAUCCUGUCUUGGGAUCCGAAAGAAAAUCCAUAUUACUUCAAUGCAAAUAUAGUAUAUGUCCCAUAUUGUUCCAGUGACUCUUGGACAGGGACAGCAAAAAACGGGCACGGAUAUGCCUUUUUGGGGUCCUAUAUUAUUGAGGAAGUAAUUCGAAAUUUGAUUCCACGGGGCCUUGCUAAGGCGAAAAAGCUGUUUUUAACAGGAACAAGUGCUGGUGGCACUGGCGUCUUAAUGAACCUUGACCGCGUUGCAGACCUCAUGAAAACAUUGGCCCCAGGGGUCGAGGUUCGAGGGAUCGCCGAUUCCGGUUGGUUUUUAGACAUUCCACAAUUCAGCGAAAAACCGUGCACAGAGCCUUUGUCUUGUUCCCCAACCACCGGGAUCCGGAAGGGAUUCGAUCAGUGGGGAGGUCGUGUACCGGAAGCUUGUAAAAAGGAAUAUCCGGGUCAGGAACAAUGGCGAUGCUAUUUCGGAUACCGGAUGUAUCCGACAUUAAAAACUCCUGUAUUUAUUGUGCAAUACUUAUUUGACGAAGCGCAAAUAUUAGCGAAUAAUGUUAUAAACCAAAACAAACUGAUGAACUAUAAUGGAAGCAACGAACUUCUAUCUAAACAACAGUGGGAGUAUCUGUACAAGCUUGGAGAGAAGGUCAAACAGACGCUUGAAAACGUGACGGCAGUAUUUGCGCCAGCUUGCUUGUCUCAUGAAGUUUUACUCAAAAAGAGUUGGCAUUCUAUAUCUGUUAAAGGGAUAUCCCUGUCUCAGUCUAUUUACUGCUGGGAAAACAGCUUUGAAGGAGAGAAAUGUAUAACUGCCACAAAUGGGAGCACGAGUGUUAAACUAAUACGCCCAUAUGGUGAUGCUCCUGUCAAAACUAAAAAACAAAACAAAAAAUCCCAGCGGAAGAAAAAGAAGAAGAGGAAGAAAGAUAAAAAGAGAAGACGGAGACGGAGGAAGAAUAGAAACCGAAAAAAUAAAAAUAGAAAAAACAAGAAAAAUAAGAGAAAGAAUAGAAAGAAGAAGAAGAGAAAGGGAAAAGGAAAAAAUAGAAAAAAGAACAGAUCCCAGAGAUCAGCUAAAAAUGUCAGUAACUGCAGCCAUCAUCUGAUAGAACAGUGCCCCCUACCUCAGUGGUGCAAUAGCUUUUGUCCCACCUUCCGGAACCAGUAUAACGGGAAGGAGAUUGACUUUUUUAAGGUGUUUGCUGCUUCCGGUAUGGACAGUAAAGGAAUGGCGGAAUUGUUGGGUGUGAAUAUGUCAACAGUAAACGCCAUGAACGCUAACACAAUCUCAACAUUAUUACUGGACACAUUUAGACAGAAAAAGCAGACAUAGUGUAUUUUUAAGGACGAUUUCAGUCCUUUUUCUUGCAUACCUCAUUCAAAAGUACAUCGUGUCUUAGUUUGCUGGUUGAAAUGCAUUUUCAUAAACCAUGUUAUACAUUUCAUUUGUACAUACAUUAAUGUUAAAUAAUACUUUGAAUUAAUUUAUUGUCGAAUUGCAUUAAAUAUUUUCAUGAAAAAGCAUUUUUUUCAUAUCAUGAAAUAAGAACAAUCAAAGACUAAAUUAAACAGCAUUAGGACAUGACAGUGACGAAGUAUUGUAUAAUAGAUGAAUCCUUGUCAAGAUUGAAAUUUCUGGUCUGUUCUUGGGAUUUAUUAUAAUCACAUUUUUGUCUUGUUUUCAAUUUUAGCCAUUUGAAUGAAGAUGUUGCCUAAAUAUGACAGCUUUUUGAAACUUUUACUGAACAUGUAUGUAGUCGUAUGACGUUUGUUUACUGGGUAAAAAUUUUUAUUUUUUUUAUUUUAACAAUUAGAUGAAUCAAUUUAUUUUCUUGCUUAUAGUUAAACUUAUACGAGUAUCGCAAAAUUGAUCUUAUUUUCUGAUGCAUAAUUCUACAUGUCAGAGGAAAAUGUAAAUAUCUAUUUUUGUUUUGAAUAUCCUUAUGUGAUACGUAGCAAUUCAGGGAAAGUGAAUUGUAUUUUGUAUAUAUUGUUAUUUUUUAUUGUGCUGUAUAUACAUAUAAUUUUAUUUUGUAGCGAUUUGUUCAAGCAAUAUUAUUCUUUUUUAAAACUGGAUCAUUAAA